AUAUACUCACAUUUCUUCGAGGGUAGGAGGAAACAAGAACUACUUAUUAAAUAAUUCGAUUAUAUUAACGUUUUUAUUAUAAUUCGUCAUAAUGUUGCGUGCUCCAAUAAAUCAAACCGUACGAAAGCUUAGCGUUAAUUCGAUCCCGUUAAAAUGCAACCGAUUACAAGGAAAAACGGCGCUUGUGACAGCUUCAACAGAUGGAAUUGGUUUUGCAAUUGCAAAACGUUUGGCCCAGGAAGGUGCCAAGGUCAUGAUCAGCAGUCGUAAAGAGACAAACGUAAAGAAAGCUGUGGAACAGCUUAAAUCUGAGGGGCUAGAAGUAUCUGGUGUUGUAUGUCAUGUCGCUAAAAAGGAACAGAGAUAUAACCUUUUUGAAAAAACAAAACAAGAAUUUGGUGGUUUAGACAUUCUUGUAUCAAAUGCAGCUGUAAAUCCAACAUUUGGUACACUUUUCGACACUCCUGAAGAAGCAUGGGACAAAAUUUUUGAUGUCAAUGUGAAAAGUACCUUUCUUCUAAUGCAAGAGUCUUUACCAUUAUUGAAAAAAAGUAAAUUCCCAUCAAUGAUUAUUAUAUCUUCAAUAGCAGCAUAUGAUCAAAUUACAACAUUAGGUGCUUAUGCUGUGAGUAAAACAGCAUUGUUAGGUUUGAACAACAUUGCUGCUGCAACUCUUGCAUCAGAAGGAAUUCGAGUGAAUUGCAUAGCACCUGGUAUUAUAAGAACUAAAUUUUCUGAAAUACUUGUUGAAGGUGCAACAGGAGAAGCAGUAAAGUCAACAAUACCAAUGCAGAGAUUUGGUGAACCUGAUGACAUAGCAGGGGUAGCAGCAUUUUUAGCAAGCAAUGAUGCUGCUUAUAUUACUGGUGAAACUAUUGUUGCUACAGGUGGAAUAAGAUCCAGACUUUAA